UCAGUUGUUUCGUGUCUAUCUACGCGUGCGGUUAUCAGUUCAAACAAUUGUCGCGUGCGAUAUUUUGUGAGCAAAGCUUAAGAAUUUUCACGUGAUUUUGACCAGAUUUUCAAUAUCAAUUAACAGCGCUUCACUGUGCCUCCGAGUGUACUAUGAUUGUGUGUUUGUGCAGCUAAAUCGUUAGCCUAAUAGAAAAAGGCAACUUCAAGAUAAAUCGCAUAUGCAAAUAUUGAAAUUGAAGCAGCAGCGAUUCGCUUUGUCUCGCAGUGCGCAUUUCGCAUUUCCGCUUAUCGCGCGCCACUCUACGGUGACUCUGACCUAACUCAAGUGAAUGCUGGCUGCUAUAAGUUCUGUUGACGCGUGACACAUACGCCACGUACUUCUCGUGGCUCUGCGGUCGUUUUACCUCAACCUUAAAAUGUUUCCCAUGGCGUUUUGGCUCAUUUUGCCUAAAUUGCUUGCCACUGAUUUGUGAAUUGUGAUAAGACUUAAAACCAAUCACAGUAGCUGAAAACGUAUAUUUCCCAGACAGUUGAGCCCGCGGAUGUGAGAGCUGCCUAAAAACUGUGGAGAGGUUUAACAAAUAUGUAAACAAAAUACUGUAGCUUAUUAAAACACGCUUAGUAAUAUGACAGAGCACCCGAAAGCAGAACACAAAUGUAACAAAAAUUAAAUGAAAUACGUGCGGGCAAAAGAAAAAUACCGAAAAUGUGUAUGAAAAUUUAAGCAGUGAGCCAACAAGAAGCAGAAAGAAAACACAAAAAGGCAAAACAGUGGCGAAAAUUGUGCGAAACAAUUUAUAUGAAAAGCAAACAGGCGGCUGUGCCAGCUGCUGUUUAAGCAAAUACAAAGUUACGGCUUCGGCUGCGCGAGUGUGAGUUCGUGUGUGUGCGUGUGCGUGUAUGCGUGUGUGUGACUUUUCGUGGUGUCCACAGUGCGACGGGUACUUCAUAAUUACAGUUGCUUGUAUUUAAAUUUCACUGGCGGCGCGCCGCACAGUAAGGCACAAAGUGGCGAUUGUGUUUUUUGGACUAUCGUUAGCGAAUCCGGCGCGUAUACGUAAUGUUGUGGAUGGCGAAUGCUUAAUACGCCAAGGAAACAUCUCCACCUCCAUUCGACGACCAAUAUGAUUGACGUUGACCCACAGUCAAUGAGUGGCUGCUGUGGCGUGGCAACAACAACAAGGGUAACUGCAACGAGAACUCAACUAGCUGGCGACCGUGCUGCAUGCUUAACGUGGGCCAAAUGAUAAGGCGAGAGCUGCAGGAGACGCCAGCCGAAGCAGGAGAUGACGACGCAGUCGAACUACAAGUAUAGUGAAAGAGAAUACAAAACAAAAGCCAAGUCAAUGUCGCUGCUGACAACCGUCAGGUUAUCAACGACAUUGCUGCUGUUUAUGUUGCUGCCGGUGGCAACAUUGUUAACAAAUCAACAUCAACAGCAACAACAGCAACAACUACACAACUACAACGCGCAUCAUUCGCGCCAAAAGCGCCAAAGCAAUGUGGAUCAAAAGUUUUCCCUGCCCGCAGUGCCGCUACCACCUCCGCCUCCCUUUCCCGCUGCCAAGCACAACUUUGCCUUGAAUGCUUUCGCCAUUGCUGAGCAUGCAUCGGACGGGAGCAGCUCUUUCCCCUCCUCCUCCUCCUCCUCAUCGUCCUCUUCAUCAUCCUCCUCUUUGUCAUCGUCUUCCUCUUCCACUGGUUGCGGUGGUCUGCUCAAGUCACGCUAUGGCCUCAUACAGACGCCAAAUUUCCCAAAUCGCUUUGCCACGCCCAUCGAAUGCGUUUGGAUAAUUGACGCCUCCGAAUUGCCGACGACAGCCCAAGGCAACGUCUCGAUUGUGGUUUAUCUAACGCAACUCUAUGUGCUCGGCGGUCUUAAAUUCACCGAGUACAUGUAUUAUUCAGAUGACUUCAAGGUGCCCGCCCAUCGGGUGUUCACCUUGACCGAAGACGAUGUAACGCAGGUCACUUGGAUGCAGUUCAACAGCCAGUAUCUGGAGAUCCGCUUCACCAUGUCCUCACUGGAUGGCACUCAUCUGCGGGCACUCGAUCGCCUGCUUGAUGUCUAUGGCUUCAACAUCACCUAUGAGGUGCAGCACGAAGUGAAGCCGUCGCAAUGCAAUACGUUGCAGUGCCGCUUCCUCGGCAAUUGCUACGCUAGUGCUGAUUACAGCUCUUAUGGAUGCGCCUGUUUCCCUGGUUUCAGUGGCAGCGACUGUGGUCAUGGUCCACUAUGUACGGAUGCGCAUACGAACAUUUGCCAAAACGGCGGCACUUGCAAGCACAUCGGCGAUGCGGCCAUAACGUGCCACUGUCCUAAAGGUUAUAAGGGCACCAAAUGUGAAAUACCAGAAAUCAACGAGUCGACCCAGGGAUGCAUUGGUAAUGCCAGCGCCAAUAAUUGCCAUCGUGCAUGCGAAUUUGACAUCAACGGCGCCAGCAGCUUCAUCUCCAGCACCAGCAGCAGCUCCGGAUCCAAUUCGAACGCAAAUUCCGGUUACUUUAAUCUGAAAAGCAAUCGCAAUGCGGCACGUAGUGGCAAGACGCGCUACGAGGUGACCAUGCGACUGGGCGCCAAUCUGACCGGAUACUAUCGCAAUUCGGAGCGCGAACAAUUGUCUGACGUCAUGGAGCGACAGUUGACAAGAGUUUUGCGCAACUUUAAUAUUACGAAAAUAAGCGAUCUUGAACUGAUUUCAAAUACCACCGAUCGACUGGACAUAACCUUUCAUUUCUUUGGCGUCAAAGGUGAUUCACAACGCAUUCGAGAGGUCAUCACUCGCAUGGUGGAACGUGGACGCAUUGGAAACUUUACACUUGUCGCCAACUUUCAUCAUUUCGAUGAGAAUCCACCGCUGAACAUGAUGGACCUGAGCGUCAAUCAACCACAAGCAGCUGUGCGCGAGGACAGCGAAUUUAUCAUAUCCUGCACAGCCCAAGGCUCAUCGCGCAUGCAGUUCCAAUGGUUCAAAGACGGGGCACCCGUGAACGCAACCAAGGCAACGAGGGAGAUCUGGACUACAGUAUUACCACCGGAAACAAAAGAUGUAUACACGGCCAUUCUGGGCGUUACCAAAGCCAGUCGCAUUGAUGAAGGAGUCUAUAGCUGCAAGGUCACCGAUUGGGGCGUGGAGCAGUGUCGCUCAUUGCAUAUCCACAUCAAGUCGCCCCCUCGACUGCGAGUGGAUCCUGCGAGUGUAACGCUGCAGCGUGGUGACUCGCUGCGAGUGCGUUGCCUCUCGCCAGGCAAUGAUGACAUCAAACGCUAUGCUCAGCUGGGCUACAGCUGGACGCGGAAUGGCAUGCUCUUUCAGUCGGAUGCCGCGACAGCCAUGUGGGAGGAUCUGUAUCCGGAUGGCAGCAUAUUGAAGAUCAACAACAUACAAAAGUCCGCAGAGUACGCGUGUCUGGUGUCCAAUAGUGUGCGACCCGUGUCAAGGAGUGUCUACAUCAAUGUCAUUGAGCGCAAUGCAGUCCACGUGUGUCUGGCAGAGUCCAGCUAUGGGGUCCACUGGCCCACCAGUGCUCCCGGUGCUCCCAUCAUCACUGACUGUCCUCGCGGCUAUGAGGGACACUCGCGACGUAUCUGCGAACAGCGGGAUGCCGGCAACUCCAGCUGGCUGCUGCCUGACUUCUCUAGCUGUGUGCGGGAUGAGUUGUUGCUCAUCUACAAUCGGUUCCGAGCUCUGAGCGCUGGAUUUCAGCAGACCAAUUCGUCAAAUAUAUUAAAGGCUUGCUUUGACUACACCCUGCAGCGAAGGCAUAACUUUCUGCCGGGCGAGGCGAGUUUCCUCAUCGACAUGCUGCAUGAGCUCGACACCUAUUUGCAAUUGAAAGGCACACAAUUGGAGCGUGAGAUGGCUGCGGAGAUAAUACUCCGCAUUCUGGACAAAGUCAUGCAGAAUGCACAAUCCCUGAACAGUCAACAGCAAAUUAAAAAGUUACAACUUUUAACGCAAUCUGCGGCACUGAACCGCGAGACAAUUGCGGCCUCACAAUUGGCCACAUCGACAGGGAGCAACAGUGGCAGCAAUAGUCAGGCAACGUCCUCGGGAACGACUGCUGACAGUUCAACAACUUUGACCGCACAGGGAGGCGGUGGCAGUGGCGGUGGUGGCAGAGGUGAUGGAAACGGCAAUGGCAAUGCAGGAGCUGUCCUUGCCCCGGGCAGUGCUGCAGGCAAAUUGCAGGCCAAUCGCGGCGAAGCUGCUGGCGCCACGAGUAUUUUGACAGUCGAUGAGGAUACAUUGUCACUGGAUCGCCUGAAUUCGCUGCGCAUUUAUAUGACCUCCGUGAAAACGUUGCCGUUCAAUUUACGCAUUUACGGCGAGGACUUAUUUUCGGAUCAACUAUAUAUGGACAUUGGACUGUCCUCACGUCUGCUUCAUAUCAUGGCCAACUCGACAAUAUUCGCUUCUGUGAUUUCCUAUAAAAACCUAAAAAGUUUUCUGCCAAAGACAUACUAUACGCGUGGCAGUGAUCCAAAGGACUCGGACUAUGUCCUCGCUUCGCGCAUUAUUCAAACCUGGCUAUUUCAAUCGAAUCGUUCGAACGACAAUUUUCGAGAGCCUCUCGAUCUCUCGUUUGAAGCUGGGCAUGUGGAGAUCAUAUUUCAGCAUGAAAGCGUGCCCAAGUCGGGGGACUGGGUUGCGGUAUGCGGACACGACCAUAAGGCCUCAUUCGAUUCAACAUGGCGCUCAGACCUGUGCAUUACCAAGCACCUGAUGGAGAAUAUUACCCGAUGCAUUUGCCCGCUCUCUGGGACUUAUGUAGUGAUGUUGACCAAGAAGCAGCCCAAUUCCACGCAGUCGCAUGCCCCACAGCGACCCAUUUUCGUGAUUGCUAGCUGUGCCUGCUGCCUGCUUCAGUGCUGCUCUGCGUUUCUCAUCCUCUUGCCCAUCUGGUGUAAUCGCAAGUGUGCUGUGACCUUCCUAAAGAUGCAGUUUUGUAUUUCUACGUCGAGUGUUAUGCUUAUUUAUUUGCUGGGCUUCAUGAAAAUGCUGCCUGUGAACUGGCACGCCAUAAUCAGCAGCACACUCGCAUCCCUGCUGCUGCUUGGAAUCUCAACGCUGAUUGCCAUCGCCUUGGUCAUACACACGGAGCUGGUGCCGAAGAAGUAUCUCCAAAUCGGCAGCAAACCGGCGACGCCCACAAAGCAAGCCAAACGUCGCGAGAGUCUUAGCAAUAUUACGCAAAUCAACAUCCAGUCGCCGGCCGAGUUGGCAGUUGCUCGUCGCACCAGGAGUCGUCAUCCGGCCAACAUUUCCAAUGCGGGCAGCAACUCCGGCCCAGGCAACGCCUCUAGUUCCGUUUCCUUGGCGCUCUACAGCGGCUCGGCGGGCAUACGUGGAGCGAUUGGCAUCAGCUGGCUGCUGCCGCUGCUGUUUGCCAUCGCUGCGCCGCUUAUCUGCAGCAUCAUUGGCAGGUGGCCGCGACACUGGUGGCUCGAGUUGUUCUGGACGAGACAGUCAACGGAUGCGGCCAGCGAUGCAAGCUAUGCCAGCGACGAGGGCCACGAGUAUGACGGAGGCCUUUCUUAUGCCACCCACACGCUUCUCAAUGGCGAUAAUUUAAUGCUCGAGUCGGAGGCGCUGCUCAGCAAUGGGACGACGAGACGGCAGCGUCUUGCUUCCGCGCUAACUCAGACAUCAGCAUCGAUGAUGGGUGAUGGCAGCGAUGGCGGUGGCGGUGGCAGUUACGAUGAUGUGGCUACGUCAUCAGCGUCAUCAAUCACAGACAGCGGCAAGCAACCAAGCAACCAAGACAGCAGCCCAGUGGUGACAGCUGCGGCUUUGACUUGGCCACAACAACAGACGCUCGACCCCUGGAACCGCGCCCCCGUCCAGCUGCACGAACAGGCAGCGACGGCGGCAUUCACAUCCGGUUUGGGAGCGACUUCGCCAUCGUUGAGCUUCGUUCUAUUCAUUUGCAUCGAUUUGCUUUUCGUUCUGCUCUUCUUUGCGCUGUUUGUCAUUUUAAUGAAGAAACUUUUGUGGUUGUGGCACAAGAAUCGCAAUGUGCACACGCAUCCGUUGGAUAAAUUCAAUAUGGCGCUGCGCAGGCGACUUGGCCUACUUUAUCGGGCUGGGGGAUUGCUGCUUAUAAAACUCUGCACCGACGGCUUCUUCAUAGCCUAUGUGAAUUCAACGCCGGAUACUUUAUGGUCGUAUCCGUUUGGCAUAUCGUGCAUACUGCUGGGCUUUGGCAUUCUAUUCAGUUUCGUUCUGAAGGCAGAGAGUCAGUUGCGUGGACCUCCAUUUCUCAGCAGCAAUGGAAGCAGUCAGAGCAGCUCGCUGAAGCAGACCAAAUUCAAUACGAGCAAGACGAGUCUGGAUGAUAACUACUGCACCACGACGACGGCGAGCGUUAAUAGUCCGUUGAGCUUCUACACGAAUCAUGACAAGGAGAAGGAGAGCGAAUGCAUGGCAACAUCAACAGCAGCAGUUGUUGCUGGUGUGUCAAGUUCAUCGGGGCCGCUGCAGUCGAUGCAAGGACUCGAAUUGUCAACAGCAGCUGGGGCCGGAAGUGUAGCGAGUGCGGGGACAGGGGCGGGCGGAGGGACAGUGCAACUGCCGUUGACAAUCAUCUCGACGGCACCACGCUGCCAGGCGGCAACGGUUGUCAGCAACACGGAGGCACUGCUCGGUGGCCAUCAGCAGCUGCCACUAACGGUGGCUGCCUCGCCGGCCACACGCUGCUGUGCCCUGCUCAGCGGCGGCAAUGCGGAGACAGCCACAGCUUUGGGGUACGCCUACGAUGCCUAUACGAUGGGCGGGCUGACGGGCAGCCUGGGUCGCCGGAUGUUGCAUCCAGUUGCACAGCAGCCAGCACACUACACGACGGGGCCGUGUGACGAAUUUGUGGGCGUUGAGACACUGGACAUACUUCAGGGUCUGGCCGCAGAAAGCAUCAUUGGCAUUCACACGACCAGUGGACUGCUGCCCACAACCACGCCCCAUUACGUGCCGCUGCAGCAUAAUCCGUACGUGGACUUCAUGCCCAGCUCCCUGAUGCUCAGCAUGCCAACGGCGGCUCCAUCAUUGCCCCCACCCACCAUCAGCGGCAACCUGAGCAGUGGAAUCUCCAGCGCCACUUUGCCCACACCGAAGACGCAGAAACGGGUCACCAUCCUUGAGCCAACAUCGCGCACAACCUUCGAUCCGCUGCUGCCCACCAUGGUAGCUGCUGUGGUCUCCACCACCAGCACAGCGACCACCACUGUCUCUGUGACUCCAUCUACACAAACAGCUGGCGUGGACACUGGCAAGUCAACAACGGGGCACGAUGCAACGCUCGAUAGGAUCACACACGAUCUGGACUACUUACUCAAUCGAGGCAAUCUGGAUGUGGACUCGGCCACACCGCCUCCCCCACCACCUGCGGUUGUGCACAAGAAGUGCGAAGAGACUCAGCAAAGCAGCAAGUUGUAAAAGUGACAAAGGAAGAACAGAAGGAACAAAAUAAAUACUCGCGACUAACAUGAGAUGUGUAAAUAUUUCCUCAAUUUAUCGUUAAUCCUGUAAAUAACUAAUAUUAAACCCAAAAUUUGUUCAAUCACUCAGUCUAAAACUAAAAAUGUGUUUUUGAGUCCUCAGAUUUAUUUAUGCAUUUAUUUCCAUUUAAAAUUUGAAUGCCUUAGUAGCAUUUUCUAACAGAUAAUAUUAUUUGAAGAAAAUCCGACUGUCCGUCUGUC